CUCAAAAAGAGGGAAGGAUGAGUCAGCCAAAGCAGAAAUCAAAGAAGAGGUUUGACCCUGACAAUGAGUACAGUGGAAAAGAAGCUCAGUGAGAUUAUAUUAUCCAGAAAUACACCAAGAAGGGUUUUGAGAGCUUGUCUCUAGAAGAACUAGCCUUUACAAUGGUUACUAAUAACUUUGGGCUAAGGUUUAAAGAAAAGACAGGCAAUGAAUGGUCCACUCCAAUACAAAUGAAGGUUAUUGAAAGACUUAGAAGAUGCAAUUUUGAUAUCCAGUGGAUGACCAGAACAGGUAAACUACCUGUCACUGAUACUGAGUUUUGAAAUGAUGUCUACUUUGGUCUUAUCAGAAAAGGAGAUGUUGAUAAGAUCAUUGAGUAUAUGAGAAAAUAUAAAGAAGACAUACUUGACGCAGUUGAUUCCAAGAAAAGAACAGGUCUUCAUGCAGCUUCUGAGCAUGGGCAAAAUACUGUUGUUGACCUUAUGAUAAAUGCAGGUUUGAAUAUUAAUGCUAGAGAUAAACUCCUAAGAACUCCAUUACACUGGGCUUCUAUAGGUGCUCAUGAUGGAUGUGCGGACUUGCUCCUGAAAGCAGGAUGUGAUCAAUUUCAGAAAGAUUGUUUAGGAAGAACAGCUUUUCAUUAUGCUGCUACUGGGGGUGAUGCUUCUUUAUUGAUUCUAAUGGCAGCAAAAGAGCCAGAAAUUGUUCAUUGAACAGAUGAUCAUGGAAGAAGUGCUCUCCAUUAUGCUAUUUUCAACAAGAACCCGAGACAGGUGAAUAUUAUCAGAACUUUAUUAGAAUUGAAAUCAGACGUAAAUGCUCUAGAUGAAGAGAGAAAGACUCCUCUUCAUCAUGCUGCUGAGUCUGCAAAGAUGAGAAUAAUCCCAAUUCUUGUCCAGAAUGGCGCAAGUUUAGUUAUCAGAGAUAAAACCAAUAAAAAGACUCCUGUGCAAGCAGCUGCAAAUGAAAAAAUCAGAGAGCUAAUACUGAUGUAUUGUGAAGAGGAAAUACCAAAAGAAAAGAAAAAGGAAAAGGUAGAAACUCUGAAAGCUAGCCGAGGUGAUUUAUUUGAUGAAUUUAAACCUGGUGUCAAAGGUACAAAAACAGAUUACUUAAAGAAACAUUCUCCACAAUCCUCUAAGAAGAAGGGUAAAGUAACUCCUUGGGAAGAGAAGAAAAAAAGAGAUGAACUUGAAGAACUUGAGUCAAAAGGGCUUCUGCCUUUUGAUUUAAGGAAUCAUAGAACAAAAUUAAUAAAACUGAUGAAGAAAGUUCAGGAGUAUGGAGUUAAUCACAACUUACAUAAGAAGAAGAGGUAUAUCUUUAGUGGAUCUUGGAUGGAGAAAGUUGAAGAUAUCACAGAACUCAUGGCUAGCAUCCAUGAGACUAAUUCAUCUGAAACAGCACUCAAAAUCUUCAAUGUUAUUCAUCCAUAUGAUAAACCCCUUCCUCCAAUAGAUGAGGAGGAAGAUGCUUUAAGAGAGUUUUAUGAAGGAGAUCAGAAGAAGCUGGAUUACAAUAAGAGUCUUCUUAAACAAACUCCUGAAGCUUUUAGAGAAAGGAUGGCUGCCAAAGGAAUGGAUAACUUGAUGAUGAGCAAGAAGGACCAAACAUCUUCAGGCAAUAACGAAGAAACUAAGGAUUAUAUGGGAGAGCCAGUUGAUUCUGAAGAAUUCAGAGACCUCCAAAAUUUACUUAAAGCUACUGAGGACAAACUUGAAUCUGCUAAUAAAGAGAUAGAUUCAUUAAAACUAACUAUUGAUGAGAGGGAAGAGAUCAUCGAGCAAUUGAGAGAACAACUAAACCAAGAUACUGCAGUUGCUGAAGAUGUUCAACUCGAGAAUAAGAAACAAGCUGAUGUGAUCAUCAAGCUUAAUAAUGAACUUAAAGAUGCUCAUGAUCAGAUAGAAGAAGUUAAAAAGAAGCUUGUAGAGAACAAGAAGGAAUAUGAGAAACUUGUAAAGGACAUCCCUGAGGUAAAAGAGCUUGAAGCUAUAAGGAAAUCAAUGCAGAAUAAUGAACGACAGAGAGUACUUGACGGGCAGAGAGAUAAAGCACUCAGGUUCAGAUCUGGAAUGCUUUUUCAAAGAGCUCUAGAUAAGCUAGAUAAAGAUGAGCAAAAGCCUAAACCUACUAAAACCAAGAAGAAGGAUCCUGUAAAAUCUGGUGAUUAUUACCUGACUGACGAUAAAGCUUUGAUCAGAUUUUUAAAUUCAGUCGAGAGGAAUGACAAAAGCUUAUAUCAAAGACUUCUCGAUGCAGAUAUCGAAAAGACAGGAACAUUGAGGAAAUCUCAAUUUACUGAAAUGCUGAAUGACCUUAAGGUGACUCCUCAAGAUGUGAUGAGCCUCCAGAGAAUAGCAGGAUUUACAAGUGGAAGAAAUGAAAUUCAAAUAGAUGAAUUUAUUAAGAUCAUUAAAGAAAGAGGGAAAAUUAGACAAACUGUAGAGGAAGAUACUUUUAGAAAAAUUCAGAAAUCUAUAAGAAAGCAAGGAUGGACAAUCCACGAAACCUUCCAAAUGUUUGAUAUUGACAGGAAUAACAAGAUUGAUUUCCAAGAAAUGGUCAAUGGGUUUAAAAAGCUUAAGAUCCAUAUUCCCAACAAACACUUGAAAUCUAUCUUUGCCAUUCUAGAUGAAGAUUCGAAUGGAACCAUUUCUUUGCCUGAAUUUAGAAAGAAAUUGGAUCAAUACGACACAAAGUCUCGCCGCCUCGAUAACCUCGAUGGCUCUGUAGAAAAACCUGGUUCCGCUGAUGAUCAGAACCAAGAAGAUGCAGAAGAGGAGGAAUACAAACGGCAAGAAGAACUAAAGCGUAAGAAAGCAGAAGAGGAUAAGCAAAAAUCUCUUCUAACUGAUAAAGAUAUAAAAGAGUACAAGUCAAACAUAGAUAAGACUAAACAGCUAGUAAAAUCAGAUGUUCAAAAGAAGAGGCAACUUGAUGAGAUCGAAAAACAAGUAAAGGAAGAAAAGAAGCAGGAGCAUUCUAGGCGUCUUCUCAAAGGGCAGUUAAAAGUUCAGGUUGGCAAGGGAUAUAAGUUGGCUAAUCUCCAAGCACAGGGAUAUAAAUACUUUUACAUAGUAUUCUACCUAGAAGGGACCAAUGAGAAUCAAUCCUUUACAUCUAAACCUAUUUUGUACUAUGCUAAGAAUAGUUUCCACUGGUCUGCUCUGAUUCCAUUGGUGGAUACUCAUCCAGAUGACCUUGGAGAUGAGUUCCAUGUUAAAUUUUAUGCUUCAAAGGGUGAAUUUGAGAACUCAGAAUUCUAUGGAGAGGUAUUCUGAAAAUGGAAAUCAACGUUGCAGAAGCAUAAUGAAUAUGUGAUUGCUAAUAAAUUUGAGAUUUCCGACAACAAAAAUCAAUGAAAUAUUGCUAAAGUCCAAGGAAGAGUUAUGGUCAGCGCAAAAUAUAUCCCAGCAGGAGAUGAAGGAAGCUUACUUACAGUAACGGGGAAGGCAAAGGAAAGUCUAAAAGAAGCUCAAGAAAAAGGCACCAAAAAGGUGCAGAAAGGACCAGUCACCAAAAUAGGAAAUUUGCAAGUAGAGAUCUUCAGAGGUAAAGAGUUUGAGCCAAAGCCAAGACACAAAUUGAUACUUAGGUUAGAUGGAAGUAAAAAUAAAGAGAAUACUCAAACCGUUAAGCCAUCUGAUCGGCCAGAUUUUGAUGAAAAAGUUAUCAUACCUAUAUAUAAAAGAGAGACUGAAGAUGUUCCCAACCUAAUUAUUCAAGACAUCGAUCCAGAUGAGGAAGAUAUUUUGUCGUCUCUAUCAAUCAAUUUCUCAAAAAUAGCAUAUACCAAAAAGCAAGCUGUAAUCAACACAAAGUGGUAUGCGUUUGACGAUAAGCCUGAGAAGGUGCUCCAGAUGCAGCUGAGCUUUACUAAUGCUCACUACAAGCCUCCAAAGGAGAAGAGUAAAUCUGAAGCAGAAAUCUUGAUAGAUGAGGAUAAGGCCCCAGCUCCAAAAAUGACUGAGUUCAAAUUUGAUGAUAGUAGUAUUCCUGAUCCGAAAGAUACCAAUAAAUUUGCUGAUGAGUUCCCUUCAGAGAGUUCAGAUAAUAAAUUAGAUCCCAUUGCUGAAGAAGAUGAUCAAGCUCCAGAAAAACCGCUGCAAUUUAAUAUUGGUGAUACUAUGGGAGAUGUGUCAGAAGGUAGUGGAGACUUCAAUAAUCUUUAA